UAGACCCGUCCCGAACUGCCGUACGACCGGGAUAUUUAUUAAUAGUGCUGUAUUACAGAGAUAAAGCAAUUUACAAGAUUACGUAAUAUAUGUGAAGCAUUUUGACAGAAAAUUGUUUCAUCAUAUCAACAUACGAGAGAAUAAAAAGCUUUAGGACUUUUUUUAAGAAAAUAAUUAAACCUUUGUGUUUUUUUUCUUAUGGAAUUCAGUUAAAAAUGGAUUUACUUUUAUUUGAUUAAAAUAAUAGUGACAAACGGUUAGUCUGUUUCAAUACGCUACUUUUAGAUGAAAAAGGUUACCAUGGAUCCAACAAUAGAGAAUCACCAAAUGAAUUUAUUUACAAGUGACGAUAAGGCAAACUUUUCCCGCUUGGGGGAUAACCGUUUGAGUCCGGGUAUUGAGACUAGGGACGUCGGAACGAGCUCAGAGUUCGGCUACAACAGUCAAAGGACCCCGCUUGCCUCCAAGCCACCAAUUUCGCAAAAUCAACCGCCGAUGAAAUCCAUGGAGACGAUGCUCUCUUCCGUGGCGCCUCCUGAGCAGCGUGACUUAUGGAACGGCAAGAUAGAGUUCAUUUUGUCUUGCGUAGGACAGUGUAUAGGACUUGGGAAUGUCACACGGUUUCCGUACCUUUGUUACAAGAAUGGCGGCGGGGCGUUUCUGAUCCCGUACCUACUGACGAUGUGCUUUGCCGGUAUCCCCAUGUACUUCAUGGAGCUCGCCCUCGGCCAGUGGCUCAGCAUCGGAGGAAUCGGAGUGUGGAAAAUAACACCGGCGUUUAAAGGCGUAGGUUACGCAGCCGCAGUGAUGGCAGCGUGGCUGAACAUAUUCUACAUCGUGAUCCUGGCCUGGGGCCUGUUCUACCUGUUUUCGAGCUUCCGGGCAGCGCUCCCUUGGGCCUCGUGCGAUAAUUGGUGGAACACCCAGACGUGCAUGUCCAACUAUGACCGAGAUCAUAUCCCCUUCCGAUGCACGAAUAAGACAUUUGUGUUUGAGGUGAACAAAACCGACUAUUCAAAUAUAUCGCUAAUGUAUGGAAAUGUAAGUGAGUUUUCCUGCAAGCAGUACUACGAUGGCACCAAGUACACAUCGCCUGUCCGUGAAUUCUGGGAACGUUACGUGCUGCAGAUUUCGUCCGGUAUAGACGAGCCGGGCGCUAUACGGUGGCAGCUCGCACUUUGUCUAGCGGCGGUCUGGAUCAUGUGCUACUUCUGUAUCUGGAAAGGAAUCAAAUGGACAGGAAAGGUCGUAUACGUGACCGCGGUGUUUCCCUACAUCCUAAUGUCAAUACUGCUUAUACGAGGUGUGACCCUCCCCGGGGCCAUGGACGGCAUCAAGUUCUACCUACUUCCAGACUUCGAGAAGAUCAAGAACUCAAGUGUAUGGAUCGACGCGGUCACUCAAAUCUUCUUCUCCUACGGGCUCGGCUUAGGUUCGCUGAUCGCACUUGGUAGCUACAACAAGUUCCACAACAACAUCUACAAAGAUGCUGUGUGUAUUUCAAUUCUGAAUAGCUGUACCAGCCUGUUUGCCGGGUUCGUUAUAUUCUCUGUCAUCGGAUUCAUGGCACGAGAACAAGGACUUCCGGUCAGCGAGGUUGCCGCUUCUGGUCCAGGACUGACCUUCCUGGCUUACCCGAGCGCAAUGGUGCAGCUGCCCAUCUCGCCCCUCUGGUCCGUUCUUUUCUUCCUCAUGCUCCUCAUGUUGGGACUAGACAGUCAGUUUGUGACAAUGGAGGGGUUCUUCACUGCUCUGAUUGAUGAGUUCCCGUCCCUGUUCUCCAAGAGGCGCGAGAUCUUUAUCGGUGUCGUCUGCUUCAUGUCUUAUAUCGUGGGGCUGUCCUGCGUCACUGAGGGUGGUAUGUACAUGUACCAGCUGUUUGACUUUUACGCGGCCAGCGGCCUCUGUCUUCUCCUCCUCAUCUUCUUUGAGUGCAUCGCUGUCGCUUGGGGCUACGGUAUAAACCGUUUCUAUGAAAACCUCCAUUCGAUGUUGGGUUAUUACCCAAGCGCAUUCUGGAAGUUCACGUGGGUGAUCGGCACACCAGGAAUUACUAUGGGCGUGUUUCUUUUCUACACGGUCAAGUUUGAGCCUGUGACCUACCUCAGCUACAAGUACCCGGGCUGGGCUCAUGGCAUCGGUGUUAUGAUGGCGCUGUCCUCGGUCGGGCUCAUACCUAUCUACAUGGUGUACAUCUUUCUAAAGACGCCUGGAACAUAUACUGAGCGGUGCAAGACCAUCUUCCGGCCCGAUAUCAAACUACCGGGGGAGCGACCAGACGCACCUCCGCCGUACUCUGAGGUUACUAUGCACGUGCUUAGAGACGCGGCCGUCUAGAUUGAAGGCGACGCGGUAUUGAGGUGAUUGUGAGUUGUGGGGAUUCUUCAGAUGAAACAGCUUGAUAGCUUGCAGUUUUUUGUUUGCUAUGCGGCUCGGACAAAGGGUGUGUUGUUGAACCAAGGCCGUGAACAUUUGACAGUAAUGGGAACGAGAGUGCGCAAAUUAGGACACACGUUGUGUUUUUAGAGCAAGAACGGGAUAUCAAGAAAAAUAACUUUUCAUAUAGUUUAUCCUUAAACAAAUAUGUUGUGUGUAUAUAGCGGAAAAGAUGCAUGUACAGUAGUCUUAAACUUAAGAAUAUGGCUUCAAUUUCUCGAAAUAUCUCCUGUAACAUGACUAAGCUAAGGUCACUACGUUUUUAUAUUUUGAUUUCGUUCUAAUAUUUAUUUUUACAAUCUUUGUAUUCGGACUUUGAUAUUGAAUAAUCGUAUGAUUAACACGAUAAGCCAAUCUGUAUUUGGUCAAAUGAAAUAAGCUUGUUAUCUUAAGAAGUUUCGAGACUUUGUGUUAUACGAUCUAACUAUUAUGUUGUUACUCAUAGACUUGUAGUGUAUUCAAAAAGAAAUAUUUGCAAUUGGAGUUAAAACAUAGUAAUAAAAUAUAU